AAACCUCUCUCUCUCUCUCUCUCUGAAAUAACCUCUUUCUCUCUCUAGAGAGCUUAGUUUUAUAACCCCAGUCCACCCCAGUGCCUCUAUUUAACAAAUCAUGAAAUGUAAUUUCAAACUGAUUUUCCUACUCUCUCGCUCUCUCCACCUUACAGAAAACCCAUCUCUCACCUCCUCUUCUCUCUCUAUAUUCUGCAAAAAAAACCCAUCUUGGGGGAGAACCCAUCACUCUCUCUCUCUCUGCAAAAAAAACCCAUCUUGAAGGGAGAAGAGAAGCCAUCUCUCUCUCUAGAGAGUGGUAGAUUCGGGCAAUGAUGGCGGUGGGAGUCUUGACUGCCCCCAUCCCAAGAGCAUGCAAGUUUGAGGCUAAAACCUUUUCGUUGAGAGAGUCAGGAACUGAGAGACUUGGGGUAUGGCUUCUCUGUCCACCGAAGAGGAGGCGUGUUUUGGGUAGGGGGUUCACUGUGUGUUUUGUGAUGGAGGAGCAGAGAGAGAAAGAGAAGUUCCAAGGAGUGGUUGUAGCGAGAGAAGAUGUUCCAGAGAAGAUUGCUAGAAAGAGGUCGGAGAGACACGCUUAUCUCUUAGCUGCUGUUCUUUCCAGCCUCGGCAUCACAACCCUGGCUGCAGCCGCUGUGUAUUACAGAUUUGCUUGGCAAUUUCAGGGUGGGGAGGUUCCUGUAACCGAGAUGUUCGGAACAUUCUCACUAUCCGUUGGUGCAGCUGUGGGAAUGGAAUUCUGGGCGCGAUGGGCACAUCGUGCGCUAUGGCAUGCGUCUUUGUGGCAUAUGCAUGAGUCUCAUCACAGGCCAAGGGAGGGGCCAUUUGAGCUGAACGAUGUAUUUGCCAUAAUCAAUUCUGUCCCCGCAAUCUCUCUUCUAUCAUAUGGCUUCUUCAAUAAGGGUCUCGUUCCAGGCCUCUGCUUUGGUGCGGGACUUGGCAUCACAGUGUUUGGUAUUGCAUACAUGUUUGUACACGAUGGUCUCGUCCACAGGAGGUUUCCAGUGGGUCCCAUUGCAAAUGUGCCUUACUUUCGCAAGGUUGCGGCAGCCCACCAGAUACACCACGCAGACAAGUUUGAUGGAGUGCCAUAUGGACUGUUCCUCGGACCAAAGGAAUUGGAAGAGGUGGGAGGGGUUGAAGAUUUAGAGAAGGAGAUCCAGAAGAGAAUGAAAAUCUCAAAAAAAUUGGCUCAAGACUGAUGAAAUAGAGAGAUUUGAAACUAGGAGAUGGUAUUUGGCAUUGAUGGGGAUAGGAUGAACUGUUACCAUGGGCAUUUGGGUGGUUGCACUAUCAGCAAAGCCAAUAAUCUUUGUUGUAUGUAUUUCAGGUUGCCACACCAAAUGAAAAGUGAGGUCCCUGUAUUUUGUGUAGUUUGGGGUUUCUUGCUUCGGUCAAUGUAAUAUCUGAAUUCAAAUGGAGUUUUGAUCCAGAAGUGCUUUUUGAGCAGUA